AUGCAUUACCUAACGAUCUCGCUCGGUAAUCGUCGUCGGAUAUUUGCUUUGAUAUGCUUCCAUAUAGAAGUGCUACGAACGAAUCUAAAGGUAAAGCGAAAUACAGUAUUGGACCCGAAACAAACCAAUCUACUCGUAUUACUAAGUCAUCUUACUGACAAUGUCACAGAAUGUUGUUUAGCCAACGUAAAGAAGCAAAUAACUGAUGCUGGAGGAAGAAUCACUUACGAGUAUUCAUCGGCCGCCAAUGGAUUCGCUGUAUCUAAUACUCCACAUCAUGUAAUUCAGGCGAUCGAAAGAGAUUUCGGUGACAAAUUUAUGAUCCAGCCGGAUGGGGCUCGACAGGCAGCUUUGAACCUUAAACAAAGCAGAGAAUUCUUUCGUAAUAGGAAGAAUCGAUCAUCAGGUGCUACAGCAAUUUGCAUAACAAGAGACUAA